CACUUUUACCACAAAUCUAAUAUACCCCAAUACUCAUUUUGAGUAUCGGGUAUAAAAAUGGGAGGAGAUCUGAACGCCAGCAUUGUUGCGCCGGACUACCACCCACCGCCAGUGAAGUCAUCGUUACCAAGGUUGUCGCUACCCACUUUCGACGGAACAUAUGCAAACUAUAAGAAUUUCAUUCACUCGUUCGAGCAAAUUGUUGUGCGUGAGUCUGGAUUGUCUAAUAUAGAAAAGUUUAAUUAUUUGCUGACCUGCCUCACGGGGCCGGCAUUAGAUACAAUUCAGGCAUUCCAGGUUACAAGCGAAAACUAUCCGAAGGCCCUAGCAAAACUCAAAAGCCGUUUUGAUAAUCCUACUCUUAUAUUUUUAGAAGGUAUUGAGGCAUUGUUUGCACUACAACCUGUAGAAAGGUCAAACAGUCAGCAGCUUCACAGCCUAGUGGAUAAGGCAUCCGCUAUAUUAAGCUCGCUGGAGUCCAUCGGCAAACCUGAGAACAUUGUUCACGCUAUGGUUAUAUAUAUUAUAAUGGAAAAGUGUGAUCAGCAAGCUCGGAACAAGUGGAAGGAAUCGCAGGACUACAAAACUCUGCCAACCUGGCUAGCAUGCACACAGCUUUUGGAACGCCACUGUCAGUUUCUCCAUUCGUCUGGAAACUCGGCUGCUACUUCGUCACAACGAAAGGCUGAAUCCAAUAAGUCAAAUCGUCAUUCUAAUCACCAAAUAAACUCGUCGUGUGCUAUCACUAAUCCGUCUUGUACACUUUGUUCUAGUUCUGGCCAUAAGAUCUCUAAUUGCGCUCAGUUCAAGGCUAUGAACAGCAACCAACGGUACGACAAUGCAAAACGCCUCGGUCUCUGCAUCAAUUGUCUUGGAAAUGGUCAUAGAGUGGCGCAAUGUUCAUCGACUCAUCGUUGCCGAUCCUGUAAUCGGAAUCAUCAUUCAUCUUUGCAUCACUCUCAGCCGCAACAGCCACCCCAAUCAUCAGCAGGACAAUCUUCAACUACUGAACCGGUACUCCAACCAGCGCAACCCUCCUGGCAAACGGCUCAUCAAGCUGCUUCACACUCUCAUAUGGAGAUCGCAGCAGAUGAUCAAAUUUUGUUGGCAACAGCUAUGGUUUUGGUAAAGGAUGCCACAGCUUCGCCUUCGUCGUGAAAAACACCACAUUGGAAUUCGCAGUAUAGGAGACUCCCUUACUAGUUUGAAGGCUCGUACGACUACCUCUAUUAAGUCACGUACUUCCGGCUAUCAGCUCACUCUCCAGUUUGGAAUCACAUCCCAUAUUGCCUACCAGCCAGAUAGUGAGAUCGACAUAUCGAAUUGGAACCUACCAGCUAACACUCCAUUGGCUGACGAAUCGUUCUAUAGGACUAAACGUAUUGAUUUGUUACUGGGGACCGAAG